GUACUUCAGGAAGAGAUUCAGAGAGAGGAGCAGGCCAGCACCAUCAUCUCCCACAUCAAGACAUCACGAAGCCUCCACAUCAUGUGCCACAUCCCAGUCUUCUGCUGGAUCACUGCUACAGUUCUGGAGGAUGUGUUGAAAAGCAGAGAGGGAGGAGAGCUGCCCAAGACCCUGACUGAGAUGUACAUCCACUUCCUGGUGCUUCAGUCAAAACUGAAGAACAGCAAGUAUGAUGGAGGAGCUGAGACAGAUCCACACUGGAGUCCAGAGAGCAGGAAGAUGAUUGAGUCUCUGGGAAAACUGGCUUUUGAGCAGCUGCAGAAAGGCAACCUGAUCUUCUAUGAAUCAGACCUGACAGAGUGUGGCAUCGAUAUCAGAGAAGCCUCAGUGUGCUCAGGAGUGUUCACAGAGAUCUUUAAAGAGGAGAGAGGUCUGUACCAGAACAAGGUGUUCUGCUUCGUCCAUCUGAGUGUUCAGGAGUUUCUGGCUGCUCUUCAUGUCCAUCUGACAUUCAUCAAGUCUGGAGUCAAGAAGUCAGAAGAACAAACAACAUCCUGGUGGUCUUGGUUGUCUGAAGUGUUCAGAGACAAAUCAACACGUUUCUACCAGAGUGCUGUGGACGAGGCCUUAAAGAGUCCAAAUGGACACCUGGACUUGUUCCUCCGCUUCCUCCUGGGUCUUUCACUGCAGUCCAAUCAGAUUCUACUACGAGGUCUGCUGACACAGACAGGAAGUAGCCCACUGACCAAUGAGGAAACAGUCGAGUACAUCAAGAAGAAGAUCAGUGAGAAUCUUUCUGCAGAGAGAAGCAUCAAUCUGUUCCACUGUCUGAAUGAACUGAAUGAUCGUUCUCUAGUGGAGGAGAUCCAACAGUCCCUGAGAUCAGGAAGUCUCUCCACAGAUGAACUGUCUCCUGCCCAGUGGUCAGCUCUGGUCUUCAUCUUACUGUCAUCAGAAAAAGAUCUGGAUGUGUUUGACCUGAAGAAAUACUCUGCUUCAGAGGAGGCUCUUCUGAGGCUGCUGCCAGUGGUCAAAGCCUCCAACAAAGCUCUGCUGAGUGACUGUAACCUCUCAGAGAGAAGCUGUGCAGCUCUGUCCUCAGUUCUCAGCUCCCAGUCCUCUAGUCUGAGAGAUCUGGAUCUGAGGAACAACAACCUGCAGGAUUCAGGAGUGAAGCAGCUGUGUGCUGCACUGGAGAGUCCACACUGUACACUGGAAACUCUCCUACUGCCAUCAGAAAAAUAUCUGGAUGUUGACUGUAACCUCUCAGAGAGAAGCUGUGCAGCUCUGUCCUCAUUUCUCAGCUCCCAGUCCUCUAGUCUGAGAGAUCUGGACCUGAGUAACAACAACCUGCAGGAUUCAGGAGUGAAGCAGCUUUCUGCUGGACUGGAGAGUCCACACUGUACACUGGGAACUCUCAGACUGACUGACUGUAACCUCUCAGAGAGAAGCUGUGCAGCUCUGUCCUCAGUUCUCAGCUCCCAGUCCUCUAGUCUGAGAGAUCUGGACCUGAGUAACAACAACCUGCAGGAUUCAGGAGUGAAUCUGAUUGCUGCUGGACUGGAGAGUCCACACUGUACACUGGAAACUCUCAGGCUGAGUGACUGUAACCUCUCAGAGAGAAGCUGUGCAGCUCUGUCCUCAGUUCUCAGCUCCCAGUCCUCUAGUCUGAGAGAUCUGGACCUGAGUAACAACAACCUGCAGGAUUCAGGAGUGAAGCAGCUUUCUGCUGGACUGGAGAGUCCACACUGUACACUGGGAACUCUCAGUCUGUCAGGAUGUCUGAUCACAGAGGAAGGCUGUGCUUCUCUGGCCUCAGCUCUGAGCUCCAACCCCUCCCAUCUGAGAGAGCUGGACCUGAGCUACAAUCAUCCAGGAGACUCAGGAGAGAAGUUACUGUCUGCUGGACUGGAGGAUCCACACUGGAGACUGGACACUCUCAGGAUGGACCAUGGUGGACAGCAGAGACUGAAACCUGGUCUGAGGAAGUAUGCCUGUGAACUGGAACUGGAUCCAAACACAAUGCACAGAAGGAUCAAACUGUCUGAUAACAGCAGGAAGGUGACAAAUGUGAUGGAGGUUCAGUCAUAUCCUGAUCAUCCAGACAGAUUUGACUCCUGGUAUCAGCUGCUGUGUAGAAAUGAUCUGACUGGUCGCUGUUACUGGGAGGUCGAGUGGAGAAAAGGAGUUGAUAUAUCAGUGAGUUACAGAAGAAUCAGCAGGAAAGGAAACAGUGAUGACUGUAGGUUUGGAAGGAAUGAUCAGUCCUGGAGUCUGAGGUGCUCUGAUGAUGAUGGUCGUUAUUCUGUCUGGCACAAUAACAGACACACACCCAUCUCCUCCUCCUCCUCCUCCUCCUCCUCCUCCUCCUCCUCCUCCUCCUCCUCCUCCUCCUCUGUCUCUAACAGAGUAGCAGUGUAUGUGGACUGUCCUGCUGGCACUCUGUCCUUCUACAGAGUCUCCUCUGACUCACUGAUCCACCUCCACACCUUCAACACCACAUUCACUGAACCUCUGUAUGCUGGGUUUGGGUUUGGGUUUUGGUCUGUGUUUGAGUUUGGGUUAUGGUUGAGGUAUUGGCCAAUGUUACCGUUGGGUCCUGCUUCCUCAGUCUCUCUGUGUCGUCUGUAGGAGGGAGAGUCUCUCUGUGCUUUUAAAUACAACACAUUUACAUCCUGGUUUUUCUGAUCUUACGUCUUUUUUAACACUAGAAAAGGUGAUCAUUAUCUCCUAUUUAAAUAAUCUGACCUCUUUGGACCACAUUUGAUUUUUAUUGCAUAUAUUUUUCCUUUGAGGUUGGCAUCUUGUACAUUUAUCUCCCUGUUAUAUUUUUUAUAUUUGGGUUUUUUGUUGUUGUUCUGUUUCUCUGUUCUAACACCACGGGUGGGAACAAUAUAAAGCUACUGGAACAUAUAUCUGUACAUUAUACUGGUCAUCUGUACUUUAC